AUGGAUGAUGACCGUUUCGAUCCUCAAGGUCUCCUGGAAUCAAUCGAGCUCACCAGGCAGGCUGAAGCAUUCCACCACGAAAUAUCGUGUCUCCGCACAUGUGCGAACGCUGAAGUCGGGGUGAUUUUGGACCGUAUCAAGCGCAUGAAGGCGGAUCUGCGAGGGCCCUGGUCGCCUCCUCGCGGGGGUGUAUUAUCGCCACCCGCGAACCACGAAGCAGAACUACCAAAAGCUCGCGCAUUGAUCCAUUCUCGACUGGAGUGCUGCCUCUUGCACAUGUUUAUCGGACGACCCUUUAUCCUCGCGCACCGUCACGCGCGGACCAAUGCACAUUCCAAGGACGCCAAUGCCGCAUCCCCAGAAGUACGCCAGAGGAAAGCAUCCGAGUCCCACUCACAGUGGGACUUCUUGGUCCAGGACUGCGUUGCGGCCGCGAAGGAAGUUAUCAGCACAUGUCAAAUCAUGCAGACGGGCGACAUGGGCCUUGCAAAGUCGUCAUAUGCCGAAUACAGUUCCUGCCGCGCGUCCCUGCUGGUCUUGAUCGCCUAUAGCAUAUGUUACCGGACGAACGAGUUCGCAAACACCCUACAAGUAGGUCUUCAGGCGAUCAGAGAGAUGGCUUCGGCGGGCGAUUCCGCGCGUUCAGAAGUGUCGCUCCUAGAGACACUGGAAGCGGCGCUGCAUCGACUUCACGUUUUCAAUCCAUUACCCAGUCAACCUGCGGUCACGGAAGCAAAUGAUGCAGCUGAAGAGGGCUACAACGGUCUUCUUAACUGGUAUAAGAAAGCAGAAAAGUCCACAGUCCCUCGUUUUGGGCCUCCAGCAUCCGGACAUGCAAAUGUACAGGCAGCAACGGCGCAGGGCCCAAGGAUAACACCUAACAGAACCGAUGCAACAGUGGAUACCAUGCCAAGCUAUGUACCCCUUGAUGGCUAUCCGUUCGAUUUCGAUCUACUUAACUCGGAUGGAAGCGAGGCGUUCUUCACCUCAGACUUUGGUGACCAUGGUAACGCAGAGAGGGAGUUCUUUGAGAGCCUUUCAUGGUUACCGAAGUGA